AUGGGCCCAUUCAGAUGGCCUAUGUUGCAAAACGAUGUUGAUUUGGCAAAGGAAGUUGUGGCAACAAGACCUGAAAAACCUAGUGAUUGGGAUAACAUUGCGAGUCGCCUAAAUCCAAUAUUUUCGUUAACAAAUGGAAAAGCAGUGGAGCUAAAAGGCAGAAGUUGUAGAGAAAGAAUAGAAAGACUCUUGAAAAAGUAUAAAGCGGACGACUCUGCAGCCCUUACGAGGUAUAACCAGUGGGUAUAACACAUUACAACAUGAUCUGGGAAUUUAGUAUAUGAACAACAUUUAGGGACCAGUCAUUAAUUACAGGGGAGGGGGGCUGGUGGAAAUGAAAAUUAGAUGCUAAAAUUUUGUUGUCCCCCCCCCUUGAGGACAACACAAUUGACCACCACCCCCUCCCCCCCCCCCAACAUGCAAAAAGCAAAAGGCACAUUCAUAAUUUAAAGUUCUUAUAAAGUGAAGCCACAUUUAAGCAUACUGCCCUAUAAUAGUUGCCAACAUUGGGAAAAAACAUCUGAGAUUUUGCUUGGGGGGGGGGGCACAUGCCACCACCACCAUAGCUGGGGCUGAGCGGAAAAAGUCUCUAGAUCAUUGGAAAUGGCAUUUUUAUCUGUAGGUUUUAUGGUACAACAGAGUCAUGCGGGGCAGGCCCUGGGCCCCCCCCUUUUUCAUGCAUAAAAAUACCUGACCCCGCCUCUUUUUCCACCAGCCCCCCUGUAAAUAAUGACUAGUCCCUUAGUAUAAGGUAUAGCAAAAUUCACAACUUUUACUAUUAUCCCUGUGUAGGAAGAUAAUUAAUUGCAAUUAAUUUCUUUGUAUUUCACAAAAUAUAUUUAUGAAAGGAUAUCUUAUAUAUGCUCUGAGUGAGUACCUGUAUAAUUGGGGGAAAUACUUGGUAUAUGAAUGUGAUAUAUCUCUGACAGAUCAGGCACUGAGGAAGAAUACAGUGAGUUAAAUGUUCUUCUUGAGGACAUAACAGUUUUUCGUCGUGAUUUGGAAGAGGCUAGAGAGUUAGAAAAGGAAGUGAAAAGAAAAAAGAUUGAAGAAGAUGAAAAAAGAGGGCAUGACAUGAGACAAGCAGCCCUAUCAGGAAUAGCUGGUCUGUAUUUAUGUAACAUAGCAUAAAACCACUGAUUCAUGUUUAGCAGCACUGAGCAAUAUUUAGCUUAGAGUUGUAUAGAAAAAAAGGUUGAUUGGGGGGGAGGGGUGAUUUUUGGGUGAUGUGGAAAAUUUUCGGCCAAGAAGUCUCGGCCCCCUCCUUCAACUGAGUUGCUCCUGUUUGCCUAUGCAUAAUUUCAGUAACAAGAUUUACAAAAGUUAUGUAUUUGUGUGCUACAGUAUAUCCUUACGAACUUGGUCAGUGAAAGGGAUAAUUACUCUAAUAUUUUUUUGCUUUAUAUUCAUAUUGAUUAUUUGUUGCAGGGAAACGACAGGAUGACUACAGUAAUACAUCCUCCAGUGAUGAAGAUGAAGAUGAGGAAGACAAUCCUCCUGAAGAGAAGAACAAAACAGGUAGUAAUUUAUAUUAGCUUAUUACUGGAACGGCAUUUCUUUAUGAGGAAUUAUGGUGUUAUAACUUGUCAUGUUUCGGCAUCCUGUCUAGGAAAAAAGGUUAAACAAAGAGCUAGUAAGUUAUCUGCAGUGCAGAUGUUAAGUGACAAAUAUGAAAGGAAAGCGGAAUUAAAACAAAAAGAACUGGAAAUUAGAAAAAUGGAGUUAGACCUGCAAAAACGAAAAUUUGAAGAAGAGACUGAAGAAAGGAAAAUGCGUUUCAAGAUGGAAAUGGAAGAAAGGAUGAUGCUUGAAUUGUUAAACAAUAAGAUGUAA